AUGGCCUCCUCAACCGCUACCGAGACCAUCCCCACACCCAUGCCGGCAAAGGGCCCGCAGUCGACGCAGGCGGCCGGUGCGGAAUCAGCCAAAGUCAAAAUCCAGAUGCCCACGAUGCCAAAUUUCGAGACAAAACUCGAAGAACGCGAGUAUCUCAAGGGCCGCCUCGCCGCCGCGUUCCGCAUAUUCGGCAAAUACGGCUAUGAUGAAGGUGUCGCCGGCCACAUCACUCUCCGAGACCCCGUUGAUCCCAAGACCUUCUGGGUAAACCCGUUCGGUCGUGCAUUCUCUCUGAUAACGAAGUCGGACCUGAUCCAGGUCGAUCACCACGGCAAGGUCAUUGACGGUGGUCCGAACCGUAUGCUCAAUGCCGCGGCGUUCAUGAUCCACUCUGCGAUUCAUGACGCUAGGCCUGACGUGAUUUGCGCUGCGCAUAGUCACAGUCUGCAUGGGCGUGCAUUUUGUUCGUUGGGACGGCCGCUUGAUAUUAUUACGCAGGAUUCCUGCGCGUUUCACAAUGAUCACGUCGUUUACAAACAAUUCAACGGCGUCGUGCUGGCCGAGGAGGAAGGUAAGCAUAUCGCCGAGGCGCUGGGUAACAAGAAAGCGGCGCUUUUGCAGAACCACGGUCUUCUUACCGUCGGAGGGACUGUCGAAGAGGCCGUCUUCUGGUUUGUCAGCUUGGAAAAGUCCUGCUAUGCACAGCUGCUAGCAGAUGCGGCGGCAAGCGGUCGCGGUGGAGAGACGGUGAAAAUUGACGAGGCCGACGCGGCUUUCACCUACAAAACGGUUGGAACUCCGCUUGCUGGAUGGUUCAGUGCGAAGCCGAUGUUUGAUGUUAUUCAUGAAGAAAGCAAGGGGCAGUAUCUGGAGUGA